AUGGAUGAGUACCUCCGCCUCGAGCACAUGGAGCCCGUCUCCGAACACUGUGACCCGCAACAAUUUUGCUACAUACCCCAUCAUGGGGUUUACAAAGAAUCUAGUUCUACUACGAAGUUAAGAAUCGUUUUCAAUGCGUCGUAUCGGAAUAAGUCAGGAGUAUCGUUGAAUGAUUGCUUGCAUGUAGGCCCUAAACUACAAAAUGACCUGGCGUCGGUUAUCCUGAAGUGGCGAACUUACCGCAUAGGGUUUAUGGCAGACAUUGAGAAGUGUUAUCGCCAAAUAUUGGUUGACCCUGAGGACACUGACUUGCAGCGAAUUGUAUGGUUAAACGAGAUGGGAGAUCCGACGGUUUAUCGUCUACGUACAGUGACUUAUGGCCUAAACUGUUCGCCGUAUCUUACAAUAAAAGUUCUUCAUUCGUUGGCCAAAGAUGAAGGUGAUUCUUUCCCACAGGCAGCCCAGGUACUAAAGCAUUCCUUUUACAUGGACGAUUGUCUGCAUGGCGCGGAUGACUCUCAAAGUGCGAUACGUCUUCAAAAGGAACUACAGCUCCUGUUGGAAAGAGGAGGGUUCACUCUGCGGAAGUGGAACUCGAACUCAAUAGAUUUCCUGCAUAGCAUCGAAGGUGAACAAAUUGAUGACGAACAUAGAUGUAACUUUGAUCAACAUCAGGAAGUGAAAGCAUUGGGUCUUUAUUGGAUCGCCUCGUCCGAUGAGUUCAUCUACAAGGUCAAUAUGACUGAGCUCUCUGGUCCUAUUACCAAGCGUCAACAACUCGCGGAUGUUGCUAAGAUAUAUGACUCUCCUGGCUGGGUCGCACCUAUUGUUAUAACAGGUAAAAUAAUCUGCCAACAAUUGUGGGUCACUGGCUGCAACUGGGACGAUGUCAUUCCAGAACCUUAUCAGACGCAGUGGAGAAAUUUUCGAAACGAGAUACGAGAAGUAGAAGCCAUUAAAGUGCCAAGAUGGGUGCAUACUGCGCCAAACGCUAUUUCGUAUCAACUCCACGUUUUCGCGGAUGCAUCAGCGGUUGCUUAUGCGGCGAUAACCUAUCUCCGCGUCAUUGCUGCUGACGAAUCAGUGAAGGUGUCGAUAUUAACGGCCAAAACCAAGGUGGCUCCGCUGAAAAAAAAUAACCAUACCUUGUCUGGAGUUAAAUGGGGCAUUGUUGGCUGCGAAGCUUGCUCAUAA